UUUAAUAUUCUUGUCGUAGGGCAAUCGAGUUCAGUUGGGUGUACUUCAGUACAAAGGUUUGAUGUAUUUAGAGCACAUAUAACGUUAUUUUUAUACACCGUAUAAAUUAGUGUUUUUCGUGGAUUUUCCGAUAACAAAAUGCAACCCAGAUGUGUUUUUGAAGCCUAGUCUGUUUACUGUAACGAACAAGAGGUGUGGCGAGAGGUUGCAGAGGAGUGAAGGGAUGACUGAAUAUAAACUGGUGGUGGUGGGUGCUGGUGGCGUGGGCAAGAGCGCACUCACCAUCCAACUCAUCCAGAACCAUUUUGUUGAUGAAUACGACCCAACCAUAGAGGACUCCUACAGGAAGCAGGUGGUGAUUGAUGGAGAGACGUGUCUACUGGACAUCUUGGACACUGCAGGUCAGGAGGAGUACAGCGCUAUGAGAGACCAGUACAUGAGGACGGGAGAGGGCUUCCUCUGCGUCUUUGCCAUCAAUAACACAAAGUCCUUUGAGGACAUUCAUCAAUACAGGGAACAGAUCAAGAGGGUGAAGGACUCGGAUGAUGUGCCCAUGGUGCUUGUGGGUAACAAAUGUGACCUCCCAGCUCGGACGGUGGACACGCGGCAAGCGCAGGAGCUCGCGCGAAGCUACGGGAUCCCAUUUAUCGAGACCUCAGCCAAAACCAGACAGGGCGUAGAGGAUGCCUUCUAUACCCUCGUACGAGAGAUCAGGCAGCACAAAAUGAGGAAGCUGAACCCUCCGGACGACAGCGGUCAGGACUGCAUGAGCUGCCGCUGCGUUGUGUCAUGAUCAAGCUGACUGGCGCGUGUUGGCAGAAGUUGUCUCCGUACGGCAGACUGGACCCGAGAGGAACAACAUCUUCUGAAAGUGACUGUUAGCCAGCAAGGCCGUCUGUUUAAAGAACAUUUGAAACGGGGUGGCGCCUUGCUUUGACCACCCGGUUCACCUCUCUGGCCGUCCACAUCUGCCUGAUAAACACCACUAAUGACUUACUGAUUUAUGCUCUUUAUUUGUUAUGCCGGCGUGCUAAGGCCGGGCGGCUUUGUGGAUUUCUGCUAAAUUAUUGUUCUCGAAGUCUCGACACUGGUCUGAAAUGAACUCGGCACCUCUCACGACCUCAACAACACACAAACCUUCCUCCGCUCAGAUCGCAAUGACUGGACACUAGUGACCUCAUCCCAUGGCCCCGCCCCCUUCAGUUGCACCUCACGGACAGCAUACUGGUUGGGAGGAGAACGUUGGAAACUACGUAUACGAUAUUCUCUGGCGACAGUCAUAGAUAUUUGUUUUGCUUAACAUGCAGGUUGUUUUAACAUAUGUUUGUGAAUAAGGCUUUGUGGAUAUCCGAACAGGAGCAUUAGUUAUGUGUGUUGGUUCAUGUGUAUGUUACGAAAGAACGUUACCAUUAGAAAAUAAAAAAGGCUGAAUGAAUUUUUAAUAAUAAAACUGUAGAGUUGUUUGAAGAUUCUUUUUGUUUGUCUGUUGUAAUGUUUUGACAAAAAUGUUUGUGAGGAAACACCUCAAUAAACAUGCAUAAAACAUUACAUACAAUACACAAAUACAGAUAAGAGAAUUUAUUUAUUCAACAAUUUAUAAUGGAUUUUGGGUCGGUUGGUUAGUUAGAAUGUAGCCACGGAAAAAAAGACCAUUUCAAAUUUCUAUUUCAUCAGCAUUUCUAGAUGUAUUGUGUCUAGUCCAGUCCAGUGUCUGUUAAAUUUCAACAAAAUCAAACCAAAAAAAAGGUCAUCCAACAGCAAUGUGAGAGACUGACAGCAUGACAAGAUGCAU